AUGGCGGACCGUCCAAGCGGCACUCCUCCCUCUAGGGCAGAUGAUAAGAAAUCACAUUUAUAUUAUGGCAAGAUAACACAAACAUCUGUUCCUGCUGCUGCUGCUGUGUUAGACGAUGGUAGCAACUUCCCAUCAUCUCCUGCUGCAGCAGUACCUGUAUCAGCAGCAACAGAAUCUCCAGCAGCAGCAGCAGCAGCAGCACCAGAGGAGGAUAGUCAGCAUGCAGAGAGGCUACGCGCCUUCAAGGUGCAGCAGACAGCAGCAUCUUUUAAGACUGCUGCUCCUACCAUCGACUCAGAAGUUAGAGAUGCCCUCAGGUAA